AUGCACAAGGCGGCAGGGCCGGCGCCGUCCAAGAAUCACCUCUUUAUUGAGCUGGAGGAACUACGCGCAGAGGCGUGGACAGAGACGGGUCGGUGGAACCACGCGCUUGAGGAGGACGCUCUCCCCCUCUCCCCGGGCCACGACGCGGCCGACCCGACGUGGUCGCUACCACGCCUGCCGACGAUCUCGGUGACCGCGGCGGCGAGUCUGCAGCAGGCUCUCUCGCCGGCCAACAUCUUCCUCGGCUUGCAGGCAGACUCGCUUCGCGAGAUUGCAGAGGUGAUGCUGCAGCGGCUGGUGGAAGGCGGGCUGCUGGCCGCCGAGCAGCACGCGCAGGUCGCUGAGGUUCUACUCUCGGCGAAGCGGCUAGGGCGACCCGUCGAAGGCGGCGAGGUUGGAACUCCGCUGCGCAGGAUUGCCGGCUUUGAGGCGUCCGACGCCGAGGCAGACGAGCUCUUCCACAUGCUCGACCCCGAGAAGGGGGAGGAGGCGGCCUCGCUGCUGCUCGCGCACCUCGACUUCAUCUCCGAGCCGAUCGUUACCUUCGCGCGCCUUGCCACGCCCGUCGACCUGGGCUGCGAGGGCCAGGCGCCCGUGCGGUACCUCUGUUUGCUGCUCGGGCCAGAGGCAGAAGCGGAGGCCUCCUCGCGCAUGGCUCAUGCCUUUGGAGGAAUCCUCUCCGACGAGUACGCCGUCGCGGCGCUCAAUCGCGCAAGGAGCCCGCAGGCGCUGCUCGACGCGCUCAACGCCCACCUCGAGGGGCUCUCCAUUCUGCCACACGUCUUUGGCUUCUCGUCAGCCCCACGGCCGACGGACUUCCCGGGCUCCACCAAGUCGGCAGGCGAGAGCACUUCCGUCUCGGAAUCGGAUGACGAGUCGGUCGACGAAGACGAGGUGCUACUCGCCGAGCUUGAGGGACGCAUCCGCGCGCGCAAGGGCAUGUCGCCGGCCAUCCCGCCCACCGCCCACCGGCAAAUGUCGCGCUCUGUCUCCCGCGAGGGAGAGAUGGACCGGAGCGAGGCCGGCGACUCGCCGACGCCGGGGCGGCCGACCUCUUCGCUCGGCGACCGCAGCGGCUCUCAGGACGGUUUGACGGCGGCGACGCCCAGGCAGCGGCGGCGGCGCGAGGAGUUCCAGCACCGCCUCGAUAAGCUGCUCCAGCUGUCGACCGAGAAGCUUCCGGUGUUGCCUCCGCCGCCCGGCUCGGCCCUCGACGCGCCGGCAGACGGGAAGGUGGUGCUCGACAUGGCGUCGCUCCGCACGGUUCCCGCGCGGCGUCGGCGGCUCUUCAUCUCGAUGGAGCAGGCCGAGGCGGGCGUCUGGCGCGAGACGGACCACUGGAAUUGGGCGUUGGCGCAGGAGAAGGCCACCGACGGCACUUGGUCGCGGCCGCACCUGCCGACCAUCUCGAUCGCUUCGCUGAUGGCGCUUUACAAAGGGCUGGGGGAUCACAACGUCCACCUCGAGCUCCCUGCCGUCUCGCUCCUCGAGGCGGUCGAGACAGUGGGCCACAAGCUCGUUCAGUCGGGCGAGCUGCCGGCUGCAGCGCUACCGCAGGUUGUGGCGGCUCUCUCCUCGCGCGGCGCCAUCGGGGGCGGACACGCACCGGACGAGUCCGCCCUCGCACCCGACGCCAAUGAGGAGGCGGCGCUACUGCUGCUGGCACACGUCGAUUUCCUCGAAAAGCCGCUCAUGGCCUUUGUGCGGCUUCAGACGUGCCUCCUCUCCUUCUCGAAGACGCCGGUCCGCUACCUCUUCUUCCACCUCGGGCCGCGAGACCAGGCCGCCGCGUCCGAGAAGGUGGGCAAGGCGCUCGCUGUCAUCCUACUCGACGAGGAUUUCAUCUCGGCCUCGCUCACCGCCUCGAGCUCGCGCCGCUUCAUCCGCGUGCUCGCUUGCCAGCUCGAUUGCAUGGUGGUUGUCCCGCACCGGCACUUCACUGCAGACAAGGGCGAGAUGGAGUGCGGCAAAGAUAGCGGGAACGAGCGAGGCGGCGCCCGGGAGGCAUCGGUUGCGCUGGAGGAGAGUACCAUGCGCCGAGCGGUCAAGCAACUCUGCAGAGCCGAAGCGAGCGCGGAGCGAAAGCUCGAGGAAGGCAGCGGCGCCGUGGCGGCGGCUGCGCGCGCCCAGCUAGACCGGCUCUCGCAAUCGCGUACGGGCCGAGCUUCCGCACGCCGCGUGAGCCAGCUGUCGCACGCCACGGAGCAGCACCGGCGCUGGUUGAGGCGACAUCUACCGCUCCGACAGUCGGCCUCGUGGUGCUUGCACGUCGUGCACAUCCUGCAGCGGUACUCGAUCCCGCUGCUGCUCGGCAUCGUCGUCGCGCUGCCGUGGGCCACCUUUGCGCCAGAUAGCUACGAGUACUGGGUCGGUGCGGACGCACACAGGGACCAUUUCAUGCCCUUUGGCAAGUCGGCCGACCUUUUUGAGCACCCGGUCACCCUCCAUUUCCUCGUCAACGACGUGUUCAUGUGCUUCUUCUUUGGCCUGGCGAUGAAGGAGGUGACCGAGUCCGUCCUGCCCGGCGGCUCGCUCAACCCGCCCAAAAAGGCGAUGUCGUCACUCGUCGGUACCGUCGGCGGUGUCGCUGGCCCCAUCGGUGUCUACCUCGGCCUCGUCGCGCUGCAGUGGGCGGCGGGAAGCUUUGAAGGCUACGAGAUGGAGCCCGUCGACGAGACGUCGGACGACGAGCAUCGACGCCUGCUCGCGAGCGCCGCCACCAACAUCACCCUGGUACCAGUGACCUUGUCCGACCUGAUGUACGGCUGGGGCGUGCCCACUGCCACCGACAUCUCCAUCGCGUGGAUGGUUGCGAUGCGCGUCUUCCCGCUCCGCCACCCCGCCAUCGACUAUCUGCUGCUGCUCGCCGUCGCCGACGACUUUAUCGGCCUCAUCAUCAUCGCGCUCGCCUACCCCGACCCGCUCCACCCGACGCAGUGGUCGUGGGCCACAGGCCUGUUCGGCGUGUUCGCCGUCUGCCUCUUUCUGCGCGUCUGCAUGCGCAAGGUCGCGUGCGUGCAAAAGUGGUACGUCUACGUGGCGCUCGGCGGCGUCUUCUCGUGGAUCGUCCUCCUCAACGCGCGGCUACACCCCGCCCUCGCCCUCGCCUUUGUCGUCCCCUUCAUGCCUGCCGAUGGCCACCACGCCGCGCUGCACGCCUUUGAGCACGCCAUCAAGGCGCCCGUCGACCUCGGCAUGUUCUUCUUCACGCUCGCCAACGCGGGCAUCGACCUCAAGGGCGGCGUCGGCGGCCUGACCUUCUCGGUGCUGCUCGCGCUCGCGCUCGGCAAGGUGCUCGGCAUCGCGGGCUUCGCCUACCUCGCGCACCGCUUCGGCGUCGCGCGGCUUCCCGGCUCGAUGCGCGUGACGGAUCUGCUGAUGGUUGGCAUCAUCGCGGCCGUCGGCCUCACGGUGGCGCUCUUCAUCUCGGGCGAGGCCUUCACAGACGAGGCGCUCGCGGGCGAGGCCAAGAUGGGCUCGCUCCUCUCAAUCUGCAUGGGUGCCGUCGCUCUCGCGCUGGGCCAGCUGCCGCACUACAAAAACCUGGCCGCCUGCCCGCCCCCAAGGAAGGGCCUCGCCUUCUCCGACAGCAGCAUGGAGGAGUACGACGAAGACGACCUGAUCAACGCGGUCACCUCGUCUCUGCAGCGCUCGAUGCUGCACCGCAAGGCCUUCCUCGCUGGCGACCGCUACUUUGCCGACACUCGGCAGCAGAAGCUAAAGUCAAAGAUCCCAGAGCUGCUGCCGGACAUCACGCUGGAGCCAGUCAAAGAGGCUGGCGAGGCUGGCGAGGGGGCCGCGAGCGGCGACCACGGCAAGUCCGACGCCAGCAGCAGCACCGAUGAGCUCCGUCUGUGA